AGAAAGUCAAGAAAUUCUUUCUUGACAACGGUAUAAGGAUCUAUACAGAAACGUUGCCUUUACAGUAUUAAAGAAGUUGUUAUCCAUAAAUUGUGUCUACUUUGUCAGUUCAGUCAUUAAAAUUAAAACAUGUAUGUGUUAACUGUUUCAGCAAACUCUCAGAGGCAGGUUGAACUAACGAAAUACAUAUAUGUAUGCAUGUUAAAUACUCAUAGUCUGUUAACUUUCCACACGAUGUUUUUAGACGGAAGCAAGGUGGAUUCAUUGGGAAAUGUUCCAGUGGAGACUAUCAAUUACUGACUAUUGUACAUAUCCACCAUGCAGCUUCCCUUUGACAAAUCUAGCUCUGUGUGUUUGUGAAGUUCUAGAUGCGACUAACAAUUUCUGACGAUACUACAGAUAGGCGUUAUCUACAAUGUAGUUUCACUUUGACAAACCUAGAUGUGUGUGUUAUAUGAAAUGAACUGACAGUAUGUACAUGUAGCGGCAAAACUGAUAAAUUAAAAUGAUUCUAACUCUGCUACUCAGUCAUUCAAACAAUGAAGUUAUGUUCAUAGAAAGUAAAAACUGGAAUCUGUUAGUGUUAAUGUCAAUCAUUAUAUGUAUAAACUCGAACAAGCGAAUAUGAUAUUCUCAUCGAAAGUUCACCGUUUAAUUAUUGAAACCAGUGAGAGUUUUCGACUAGCCUAUUGAAAGUGUAAUGGGUUGAUUGGUUGCAUUUUUUAAUGAAAUCCUUCUUAAUCGUGUAGAGGUUGGCAAGGGAACAAAAGGAUACCCUACACCCAAAGUACCUGCCGAGGUAGCUGGUUACUUGAUGCAUGUCACCGUGUGUUAACAGUACGUUGCAUGCUAAACAUGUGUCUGUGUUGUGCAGUGUAGAACCAUAAAUAGUGUCAGUUACGUCAGGAAGUUUCUAGCGUGAAGAGGUGAAUGAAAGAGUUGAGUGAUAGAGGGCUUUCGGAUCGAAAAACACAAACCCGUUCAGGUAGACAGUAACUGGAAGAAGGUCACCGUGUCUUUACAUUGUAUUGUAUUGUAUUGUAUUGUAUUGUAUUGUAUUGUAUUGUAUUGUUAUUAUUAUUACUUUUUGAGAAGGUCCGGGUGGAGGUGCUGGAGGGUUGUUGGUAGUAAAACCUGAGGAUGAAUCUAAGAGGUUUAAUUUUUUUCAGGCCAGAAUUUCACGAAAGAAUAGCUUACAACUGAAUAAAAAUUGAAAAAAACCUUCUGCAGCUAUGUCCAGCCGGCUUUUCUACUCUGCGAUAAGAACACAUCUACGGUUGCACAAGGGAUUUGCAGCUGUUCCAGUGAGAUCCUAUGCAGAUAUUCCGAAAGCAUAUCGCCCGUAUGGAAAAACGGGCGACGGACAUUAUGGAUCAACACUCGGAAAACAGAAUGUUGGAUAUGUCGAACCCGUACGAGAAAAGAUUCUCACUUUGGCCAAAACCAUUCCUUUCACUUCCAAGGACUCGGUCUUCAACAUUGGCGACUACGCUGCAGCUGAUGGAUCCACCGCCAUGGCCAUAUUUGGUGAGUUGUUGACAACUCUGAAAGGUCAUCAUGGCCCCGACACCCAGUUCCAGGUUAUCUAUGAAGAUUUGGAAAUGAAUGACUUCAACUCCCUGUUCAAACGUAUGUCAGGAAUCAUCCCUGAUCCGCCGUCCUACCUUCUGGAAAUGGACAACGUCUAUGUUCUUGCUUCAGGGACAAACUUCUAUAAACAGUGUGUGCCUUCAAACUCAAUGCAUUUCAUUAUGUGUUUGACAUCUAUCCACUGGUUGUCGAAGACUCAAACGACCUUUAAGAACUCAAUAUACAAAGAUGACAUGAGUAGUGCUGAGGAGAAGACUGCACUGCACAAGCAAGCCGAUUUGGACUGGGAGACCUUUUUACUGAGAAGAAGUGGAGAACUGAAACAGGGAGGUCUGCUUGUAGUAGGUGCCUGCUGUGAGUUUGUGGACAGAAACAGUGGAGAAAUUAGACACCUUGUUGAUUCUUUUGUACGACUGCUGAAUGAAGUAUGGAAGGAAUACAGCCGAUCUGGUAAAAUCUCCAAAGAAGAGUUCUUGAAUACAAAUUGGUCUGCUUGUCUUCAUAACAUGGACCAGCUGAGAAAACCAUUCGAUGACAAACUGUCAGCUGUUUCAGGGUCAGGACUAUCACUUUUGUCAGCUGAAACUGCAGUCAACCCUGAUGUAUUUUACAACGCCUGGAGAAAGAAGAAAGACGAGGAAGGAAUUGAUGAUAGGGAGGAGUUUGCCAGGAUGUACGUAUCCGCUCACAGGAACUGGAGCAACAGUACCUUCAUGAAUGGUCUCUCAGACUCCCGAUCACUGGAGGAGAAGGAGAAGAUAGUUGAUGGGAUGUAUGAUGUUGUGGAGAAACGAAUUGCAAGGAUGAACCCAGAGACAUUCAAGGAUGAUUUGAGAUUUAUAUAUCUUGUGAUCAGAAAAGAAUAGUCAACCAAUAAGUCAUGAAAGAAGAGCAGCCUUGGAGCCAUCUUCACAGGCAAUCAUUGAUAACUAAUAACAAUGCAAAAUCCUAAUUAUGUGUAAUCCAUGUUGAGAAAUAAUUGGUAUUCAUUACAUAUGAAACAUUUAUACAAUACAUGUACUAAUAACUUGUUAUGAUUUGUAGACAUGUUUAGAAAAUAAUGAUUGCGGUUUUGCACAUACAGAGUAUUUGAUCUUUAAAAUGCAAGCAUUAUAGAAUGAAAGGGGUAUACUUGUUGGUAUGUGUGGAAAGUAUGCUUUUGCUUCACACACAGUUCAUCACCCUACUUCAGUACGAUCCUUUGAAUGAGGAGUACAGUAAACUACGGUUAUUAUGAACUCAAAGGGACUAAUAUAUUUAGGUCGUUAUAAGCAUAUAUACAGCAUAUCUACAACAAAUAUUAGGGACGAAAAAGUUAGUUCGUUAUAUCCGUCAGUUCGUUAUAAGCGUGUUCGUUAUAACCGUAGUUUACUGUACUAUGCAGAAUAAAUAUGGCGUACUUUAAGUGUACAUAAUGUUGAUUUUCGCCAAAUAUAUUGGUCUUUGUGGGUUCUUUCUUUUCAAAUGAACAUUCGCAUACAUUGUUGCAUUUUACAGAUAUGCUUUAAUCCGAAUUCAUGGUAUUCGAUUUAUAUGUUCGUUUUUAACGCCACGCGUUGCAACAUUCCAGUUAUAUGACGGCGGUCUCUCAGUAAUCGUCUCCGGACCAGACAAUCCAGUGAUUGACAUAAUGAACAUCGAUCCAAGUACAUGUAGUUGGCAUGCUAUGACAUGCAACAACCAAUUCAGCAAGUCUGACCACCCGUUCCCAGUAGUCGCUAUCUUGUGACAAACAUUGGGUUGUAUAUUCACAGAGGUUGUAUGUGUUGUAAAAUGGCAUUUAAGUAACAUUAUAAAUAAAGUAUAAAUUUCAUACUUCAUUUUCUAUAACCGGUAAUUAUUGUUACACCACAAUCACUGAUUCGGAAACAGCUUUCAAAAUCCAUGUGUAGAUUUAAUGAAGCUUUUGAUUCUAUCUGAAGAUAUUUUUUUAUGGAAUGCGUUAACUCAACACGAUAUUAAAGGCAACACUCUGAAUAUAAUUCGUGAUAUGUAUUCUAAAAAAGCAACAGCUGUUAAAAUAUCAAAUGUUAGCAUUUCCGAAUAUUUUCAUAUGUUUAAGUGGUGUUCACCAAAGCUGUAUUCUAAGUCCACUUCUGUAUGGUAUGUUUACAAACAAAUGUUAGCACAGCUAACAGAUACACAUAUCCAUGCACACAACUACAUAAAAUUGAAAAGUUCAAAAGUUUUAUACAGUCACUCACUAGGAAAGCCACAGGUGCUUACCAUAGAAUAAAAACGAUUUUCAUGAUGAUAUCCCGAUAAAGUUAGCAAUAAUAUUGAUAAAACCCUCAUAGAACCAAUAAUGUAAUACAAUUGUGAAGUUUGGGGUAUAGAUUUUACAGAAAGAAUACAGCUUUAGUUUUAUUCAGCAUUACUAUGUGUUUAGGAGAAGGCAAGAAAACACAUAACUGUGGAUGUCAGGCAGAAUUAUUCUAACUUGUAGUCCCAAUAAUAAUAAAAAUAGUUGAUUAGAAGUUCUGUAUAGAUGACACGACAAACAUGUUUUGGCAGCAAAUAUCAAUCUUUCUGGUUAAAAUAUCUGCUCGGUUAAAUGAAACAAACUUUUGAAAUAGUAAACACAAAUAAAUGAAAUGAAUCUACUCUAAAUGUCAGAAUAUGUUCAAGCAUUCAUUAAGGGAUUCCCUUAUAUCCAAAUGCAAGUUAAGAACAGGCUGGUCAAGUCAUCUGUAAAUAUUGAAAAUAAUCUUACAUGUAAAAACAAAGGUCAUAGGUCACAUUUCUCAAAAGUUCGUUUUAGUAAUCACAAACUAAAACUGAAACUUGUAGAUAUACAAAUACACAAAUGCCACUGAACAACGACUGUGUGAAAUACGUAAUGUCUUAGAAGAUGAGCAGCAUUAUGCACCGUCUUGUAUAAAAUACAACCAAGAAAGAGAAUCACUUCUACAAAUAAUCCUCAAUCAUGAUAAAGAAUUUGGUACACUCUGUUUAAAGGAACAAUUCUUAAUAAGUUUUAGCAACAGUUAUCCAGAAACAAUUUCCAACAUCUGUUACCAUAUCUACAAUUAUAAAUAGAUUCCUUGUAAGAACAACAAAACCAUAGUUUUGCUCAAUUCUCAUAUUGUUUCCAUAUUAUUAUAAUACACGUGCUUUAAAGUGAAAUUGUUAUCUUGUACCUCUUUUUUAUGUUGAACGUAAGUGUGUGUUUUGUACUUUCUGUAUAUAAGUACAGAAUAUUUUGUUAUAGUUUGUCAUAGUGUAAUAUUGCCAAUGU